AUGUCGUUACGAAGUUUGACGCCUGAUGUUUAUGGCACUAAAAAGAAUACCGAUUUACCAAUAUUCAACAAAUUCACACCAAAGAAACAUUCAAGUCGUUUAUUAUUCAAGAGAGGUCUUUACACACUUGUAUUUUUACUACUCACGUACACCAUAUAUUCCAAAGUUAUUGUUGGUGAGAGUCCGAGACUUCCUACAUUUUCGAAAUCCGAUAUAGAAAACAACCUGGAACAAGAGAUCGAAAUUCAGCGACAACAACAGCAACAACAAGAAGAAAAUGACUCACUCAAUGAUGAUCAUCAGCAGUUUAAAGUCACUAAGGACGGAAUACAAGAAGUUUCAGAUCCUAUGGAAAUUACAACCGAAGAUUUGAAAAAAAGUAAUGUCGAGUACUUUGACUUGGGUGAUUAUCAAGGGUCAUCCGAUGGAAACAGUAAAGGUGAUAUUGUACUAUUUCUUAUGCCAUUGAGAAAUGCAGAACACGUGUUGCCCAUGGCAUUCUACAAUCUAAUGAAUUUAACCUAUGACCACCUGUUGAUAGAUAUCGCAUUCCUUGUUUCUGAUUGCUCGCCGGAUGACACCACCUUGGAAACUGUGUUUCGGUAUUCAAUGGCAUUGCAGAAUGGUACUUUAGUUGACCUAUUGAAACAGGAAGAACAGCAACAAAACGGAGCCCAAGUUAAAGGCUCUAACGAUUUAUACCAGUCUUAUAUGGAACCUUUGUACAUGGAAAGUGUCAAGAAGGCUUAUAGUAAUCCAGAAACACACCACAAAAACUAUAGAACCCCAUUUAGGUCAGUCACGAUCUUUAAGAAGGAUUUCGGACAAGUGAUUGGUCAGGGUUUCAGUGAUCGACAUGCAGUUAAAGUUCAAGGGAUACGAAGAAAACUAAUGGGUAGGGCGAGAAAUUGGUUAACUUCCAGUGCACUAAGGGCAGAUCACUCUUGGGUUUAUUGGAGAGAUGUGGAUAUAGAAACAUGUCCUGGAAAUGUAAUUGAGGAACUCAUGCUGCAUAAUUAUGAUGUCAUGGUUCCCAACGUAUGGCGUCCGUUGCCCACUUUCUUGGGGAACGAACAGCCAUAUGACUUGAACUCGUGGAUUGAGUCUGAUGCUGCACUUGAACUUGCCAAGAAUUUGGCUGAAGACGAUGUCAUUGUUGAAGGGUAUGCCGAAUACCCAACUUGGCGCGCGCACUUGGCCUACAUUCGUGAUCCUAAUGGUAAUCCUCGUGAAGUGGUUGAUUUGGAUGGGGUUGGAGGGGUGUCGAUACUUGCCAGAGCGAAAAUCUUCCGACAAGGAGUCCAUUUUCCUGCUUUCACGUUCUUGAACCAUGCUGAAACGGAGGCAUUUGGCAAAAUGGCCAAAAAGAUGGGGUUCCGUGUUGGUGGGUUACCCCAUUACACCAUCUGGCACAUUUAUGAGCCUAGUGAAGAUGAUUUGCAAAAGAUUUCAAAAUUGGAAAGAAGUCGAAGGAGGAAAGCUAAACAUAAUUGA